AUGGAUCGAACAUCUCUAGACGAACUACAAUGGAAAUCUCCCGAGUGGAUUCAAUCGUUCGGAUUGCGAACCGACAAUGUCCUAGAUUAUUUCUCGCAGUCGCCAUUUUUCGAUCGGACUUCUAAUAACCAAGUGGCCAAAAUGCAACAGCAGUUUGCGCAACCACGAGCGCCGUCUCAAGCACCAUCUAUCUCUGAGUUUGAUAACGAGUCGCCACACAGAAAGGCCAUCCUGUCCACGUAUCUUGUACAUGCUAUGUGGGAACAGGAGCUGCGAAAAUUGAAGGGUAUCGAAUACGUUCUUGCCUAUGUGCGCGAGCCCGACUUUUGGAUCAUUCGCAAGCAAAAUAGACAGAGCCCGACCCAUGUUGAGACGUUGCAAGACUACUUUAUCAUCGGAGCAAACGUUUACCAGUCGCCAGCGGUAGCGAAGAUCGUCCAAAGCCGUCUCUCCGCGACAAAUUUCCACCUUACUCGCGCACUAUCGACUUUGAGAUCAAUGGGUACUUUCAGACCCUCUCAAGGCGCUAGUUUUGCUGAUAGAGCGAAUCAGCCUCAAAUUAGCUCCCAGUCCGGGAGCACCACGGGUAGCACAAUGAUGACUGGAAACUCAGUGGGUCCUGCCACUGCUAACGGGCAAAGUGGACCUACCAGCUCUACAGAUCUUUUGAAUAGUUCGGGUUCGCAAACAGACUUGAUAACUCCAGAUCUCAUGGACCGCCUGUUGGUAACAAGCAUGAAAUCCAGUUUCAAGUAUAUUUGA